AUGGCGUUCUCUCUACUAAUUCCCCUCCUAAUUUUCCAAUUUCUUCACAACAAGAACACAAAACCAUCAAGAAAACCUAAUCCACUAGGCCCUACUGGGCUUCCAUUCGUUGGAAACUUGCUUCAAAUUGAUACUUCAUGCAUGCAUGAAUACUUAUGGGAACUUGCAAACAAAUACGGUCUUUUAAUGUCCAUGAAGCUUGGCUCUAGACCUUUAGUUGUGAUUUCGUCACCAAGAUUGGCCGUAGAAGUGCUGAAAAACCGAGAUUUAGUGUUUAGUGGCCGGCCUAAAAUGAAAGGGCAGCAGAAGAUGAGCUAUAAUGGCUUGGAUAUUGCCUUAGCGCCAUACAGCCAAGAAUGGAGAGAAAUGAGAAAAAUAUGCAUUCUUCAUCUCCUGAGUGUCAAAAGAGUUCAGCAGUUUCGUCCAAUUCGCGAAGAUGAUGUUUCGCAAAUGAUCUCUAGAAUUGUGAAAGAUGCAACGCAGUCUAAAGUUACAAACUUGAGCGAGACGAUGAUUUCAGUCACGAGCACAAUGAUAGGCAGGAUUGCUUUUGGGAAGAGGUUGGAUGAAGACGGCCAUGAACAACGGAAGUUUGAGGAACUUGUGCAUGAAGUUCAUGCAAUGUUUCUGGGAUUUUUCUUUUCGGAUUACUUCCCUUCUUUGGGUUGGAUGGAUAAAAUCACUGGAAUCAAUCAUCGACUAGAGAGGAUUUUUGAAAAGUUUGAUUCAUUUUAUCAAGAACUCAUCAAUGAACAUCUUGAUCCAGAUAGACCUGAAUCCAUGAAUGAUGAUAUUAUUGAUCUCAUGCUUCAACUACAAAAGGACAAAUCAACUUCAUUUGACAUCACAAUGGAUCACAUCAAAGCUUUCCUCAUGAAUGUAUUCCUUGGUGGAACAGACUCUAGUGGAAUUGUAGUCACUUGGGCAAUGACUGCACUGAUUAAGAACCCCAGUGUCAUGAAGAGGUUGCAAGGAGAAAUCAGACAAACAAUGGGAAACAAAGAGAUAUUAGAUGAAGAUGAAGUUGAAAAGCUUCCUUUCCUCAAAGCAACUGUAAAGGAAACCCUAAGGUUGUACCCGGUUGCGCCGCUUCUAAUGCCUAGAGAAACACUCGAAAAAUGCAAGGUAGAUGGAUACGAAAUUCAACCCACUUGGGGCAUCGGAAGAGAUCCCGAGAUAUGGGAAAAUGCAGAUGAGUUCCGGCCUGAUAGAUUUCUGAAUUCCGAUAUAGAUACCAAAGGGCAAGAUUAUCGAUACCUCCCAUUUGGAUCGGGAAGAAGAGGUUGUCCUGGAGACUACAUGGGACUAAUAACAACACAUCUUUUACUCGCCAAUCUCUUGCACUCGUUUGAUUGGGAAUUACCACCUGGGAUACAUAAAGAUGAUGUCGAAACCCAAAGCUUGCCUGGUUUUGCAAUGAACAAAAAAAAUGCUCUGAAACUUUUAGCCAAAAUCCCCGGUUAG